CUCCAAACCCUCAAUUCUCAGCAAAAUCAUUGGCCAAAAGUGGAGGCUCAUCCGCCAUAUCCUACACCUUACACACCCCAAUCGCCUAAGUCGGUCCUCUCACCUCUCUUUUUAUACCGUAAAAAGCCGUGGACCGUUUGCUACAAGAUUUCAGAGAGAGAUAUGGGGAAUGCCAAUUGUUUGUUUUGUGCAUGUAUUCAACAAUCCAACGUAGGAGUUGUGGAGAAAUGGGGUCGGUUCCUGAUGUUGGCUCAACCUGGUUUCCGUUUCCUUAAUCCCUUGGCCGGCGAAUGUCUCGCCGGAAUUCUCUCCACCAGGAUCCGAUCGCUUGAUGUUCGUGUCGAGACCAAGACUAAGGACAAUGUGUUUGUACAAUUGCUUUGCUCAAUACAGUAUCGGGUUGUUAAAGAAAAUGCGGAUGAUGCGUUUUACGAAUUGCAAAACCCAGAAGAACAGAUACAAGCUUAUGUAUUCGAUGUGGUUCGAGCUCUUGUUCCAAGAAUGAAUUUGGAUGAACUCUUCGAACAGAAGGGCGAUGUUGCUAAGGCUGUAUUGGAGGAACUUGAGAAGGUGAUGAAGACAUAUGGAUACAGCAUAGAGCAUAUUUUGAUGGUUGACAUAAUACCUGACCCUGCUGUGCGCAAGGCUAUGAAUGAGAUUAAUGCAGCUCAAAGGCUUCAGCUUGCGAGCGUAUACAAAGGAGAAGCAGAGAAAGUUCUCCAGAUAAAAAAGGCCGAGGCGGAAGCAGAAGCGAAGUACCUAGGUGGGGUUGGUGUUGCAAGACAGAGGCAGGCAAUCACAGAUGGUUUGAGACAGAACAUCUUGGAAUUCUCUCAUAAGGUGGAAGGAACCUCAGCCAAGGAAGUCAUGGAUUUAAUUAUGAUCACUCAGUAUUUUGACACCAUUAAAGACCUCGGAAACUCUUCGAAGAACACAACGGUGUUUAUACCUCAUGGACCAGGUCAUGUUCGGGAUAUUAGCAAUCAAAUUCGCGACGGGUUGAUGGAGGCUGCCAGUGCCGAGUUGAAAGCAGAAUAAAGUACCUAAAUCUCUACCGAAAACCACUAGUAAGGAAACCAAAACACUUUCUUUUUCUUUUAGUGUAGAGCUAGAGUAACCAUCUUCUUUCAUUUUUCAUGUAAUGGAUCUUGAGAACUAUAUCAAAUGUAGGAUCUUAAGUUCCUAUCACUAUUAGUAUUAACAUUAACUAUCUUCUA